AAUAAGCAUGAAUACGACCUGGCUACCUGAAGGAGGUGGGACGGGGAACCGAGCAGCAGCAGGUGGUGGAAUGCCAGGGAAAUCCAACCGUGCUUCCCACGCUGGCAUCGCUCUGAUUGUGACCAAUCCUCUAAUCUUAUUCUCACAAUUAGGGAGGGAGAAAAAAAAAACCCAAACCAAAAAAGAAGUUGGUAGGUGACUCCGUGAGACUACUGUUUUAUAAAGGGAGCGUUUCCUUUUAUAAAAUUUAGCUGAGCAGAUGCAGUAUGCUCUGCUCAUACUGUGCAGUGGCCCCACAGGGGGCCACUAUUCCCCUCAGCUGUACAGUCUGGGAAAAUACCUGUACACCUGGAGAAGAGAGAGCUUGCUGUGUGUUGAGUUCACUCCUGUUUCUCAGCAGCUCUUUCCCUGCCUCUGGCCACCAGGGGGACCUGCAACCUGUUCUUUCAGGCGAGCGGGAACGCGUCUGCAUAAAUCUGGCCCAAUCCAGGGCCCCGUAGCAAGGCGCCAAAGCAGGGGGAAGCGCAUUUCUGUUCUCUCGCGAGCACGACGUGGCACCUCCCAGCCCUUCUCCGGCCCUCCCUCUCCAUCCUCCCGGCCCGCGCGCGCUCGGGCCCCUUCCAGUGGCUCGCGGCAGGUGGCGCUGUCUGCGGCGUCUCAGCGGCCCGGGCCGCAGCGGAGACGAUCUCCCGGCGGGCUGUGCGGCCCGGCUCUCCGGCGGCAGCGAGUGCCACGUCCCAAGUGCUACGCGGAGGAGCAGAGCGGGCGGUGCGCGGGGGGCGGGAGCAGCGCGGAUCCCGGCUCGGCCACACAGAUCGCCCGCCGCCAUGGGCUCCUCGCAGAGCGUCGAGAUCCCAGGCGGGGGCACCGAAGGCUACCACGUUCUACGGGUACAAGAAAAUUCCCCAGGACACAGAGCUGGAUUGGAGCCUUUCUUUGAUUUUAUUGUUUCUAUUAAUGGUUCAAGAUUAAAUAAAGACAAUGACACUCUUAAGGAUCUGCUGAAAGCAAACGUUGAAAAGCCUGUAAAAAUGCUUAUCUAUAGCAGCAAAACAUUGGAGCUGCGAGAGACCUCAGUCACACCAAGUAACCUGUGGGGCGGCCAGGGCUUAUUGGGAGUGAGCAUACGUUUCUGCAGCUUUGAUGGGGCAAAUGAAAAUGUUUGGCAUGUGUUGGAAGUGGAAUCAAAUUCUCCUGCAGCACUGGCAGGUCUUAGACCACACAGUGAUUAUAUCAUUGGAGCAGAUACAGUCAUGAAUGAGUCCGAAGAUCUAUUCAGCCUUAUUGAAACACAUGAAGCAAAACCAUUGAAACUUUAUGUGUACAACACAGACACUGAUAACUGUCGAGAAGUGAUUAUUACACCAAAUUCUGCAUGGGGUGGAGAAGGCAGCCUAGGAUGUGGCAUUGGAUAUGGUUAUUUGCAUCGAAUACCUACACGCCCAUUUGAAGAAGGAAAGAAAAUUUCUCUUCCAGGACAAAUGGCUGGUACACCUAUUACACCUCUUAAAGAUGGGUUUACAGAGGUCCAGCUGUCCUCAGUUAAUCCCCCGUCUUUGUCACCACCAGGAACUACAGGAAUUGAACAGAGUCUGGCUGGACUUUCUAUUAGCUCAACUCCACCAGCUGUCAGUAGUGUUCUCAGUACAGGUGUACCAACAGUACCGUUAUUGCCACCACAAGUAAACCAGUCCCUCACUUCUGUGCCACCAAUGAACCCAGCUACUACUUUACCAGGUCUGAUGCCUUUACCAGCAGGACUGCCCAACCUCCCCAACCUCAACCUCAACCUCCCAGCACCACACAUCAUGCCAGGGGUUGGCUUACCAGAACUUGUAAACCCAGGUCUGCCACCUCUUCCUUCCUUGCCUCCCCGAAACUUACCUGGCAUCGCACCUCUCCCCCUGCCAUCCGAGUUCCUCCCAUCAUUCCCCUUGGUUCCAGAGAGCUCUUCUGCAGCAAGCUCAGGAGAGCUGCUGUCUUCCCUCCCGCCCACCGGCAACCCACCCUCCGACCCUGCCACAACUACUGCAAAGGCAGACGCUGCCUCCUCGCUCACUGGGGAUGUGACGCCCCCCACUGCCAAGGUCCCCGCCACGGUUGAGGACAGAGUCGGCGAGUCCACGCCAGUCAGCGAGAAGCCUGUUUCUGUGGCUGUGGAUGCCAGUGCUUCUGAAUCACCUUAACGUUGAACCGUUCUUCGGAAUUGGCGUGGUAUAUUUAUUUAACCACGGGAGUGAGUCUGGAAAUGCAAACUAUCAUUAAUUUCAUACUAGUUUGUACCGUAUCUGUAGGCAUCCUGUAAAUAAUUCCUACAGGGGAAACUAAACGAGGACGUGCGUUGUUUCCUGCCAAGUUGAGUGGGGCUCACGUGCUAGGGCGAGAUGUCAGAAAGUGCUUGUAUUUUAAACAACCAAAAAGAAUUGUAAGGGUGGCUUGCUGCCAGGCUUGCACUGCCGUUCCUGCGGGUGUGCAUCUUCGGGAAAGGUGGUGACGGGGCGUCCACUAGGUUUCCUGUCCCCUGCUGCUCUUUCCGUAAGAAAAUGAAAUAUUCUAUGCCUAGUACUCACACGCAACAUUUCUUGUACUUUGUAAGUCGUUUGCGAGACUGCAGACCACUUCACAAAACUGUAAACGGUAAAGAGAUUUUACUUUUGGUCUCCGUGAGUCGCAUCUCUAUUAAGGUUUACACAGGAAUUCCACCUGAAGACUUGUGUUAAAGUUCCACAGCGCGCACUGUUAAUUGAACGUCUUUUUCUUCAGCCUAUACACGGAUCCUUGUUUUGAGCUCUCUGAAUCACUCAGACAACAUUUUGUAACUGCUGCUGUUGCUUUCUACGUCCACCUUAUAAAGUGGCAUUUCAAAAGAAAUAAAGAAGGUGUCACAGUUUUAAACCAGAAGGUGGCACUCUGUGGCUCCUUGUAGUAUUAUAGUUAUACUGGGAAAGCAUAGAUACAGCAAUAAAGUACAGUAAUUUUACUUUUUUUCUUGUGUUACAUCUAAAUUACAACCCUUAAUUGCCACGUGUGCACUUACUACUCUCCGGUAUGUCCUAUUACUCUCCAGUAUGUCUUAUUACUCUCCAGUAUGUCAUGCAUCUUUAACUUUUCAUGUCCUAUGUUUGCUUUCUCACGUUUUUAAGAGAUGGUAAGUUAACUGGAGUUGAUUUACUGAAUGAAAUUAAAUGCAGAUAUCCAUGUUUUUGAAAUAA